AUGUUAAGAAAUUCUAUAUCUAACAUUGCUAAGGCAAAUUAUAGAAGAAGAUUGUACUCAACGUAUGACUCUUCUUCCAAAAUUUUAUCCAGUUUAAGGAACCCUGAUCUCAUCAGAACUCAAGGGUAUAUUAAUGGUCAAUGGGUAGAUAGUAGUGAUAAUUCCACAUUUGAAGUCAAUAACCCAGCACUAAGACCAUGCGCGGAUGCAAAGAUCGCUGACGUAUCAUCCAUGACUACAGAAGAUUAUGAAAGGGCUAUCAAUUCUGCUCAUGAUGCAUUUAGUGAUUUCAAGAAGACCACAGGACGCUACAGAAGCGAUUUGCUUAUGAAUUUGUAUAGAUUGAUGCAAGAGAAUCAAGAUGAUUUGGCAAAGAUUAUUGUCCUUGAAAAUGGGAAACCCUAUGCUGAUGCAUUUGGAGAAGUAGCUUAUGCAAGCUCAUUUUUCCAAUGGUUUGCAGAAGAAGCACCAAGAAUAUAUGGCGAUAUUAUCCCUUCUGCAUUAGCUGGCACUAAAAUCUUAGCAUUGAAGCAACCUAUUGGUGUAUGUGGAAUAUUAACUCCUUGGAAUUUCCCGGCUGCAAUGAUUACUAGAAAAUUAGGUGCUGCAGCUGCUUCUGGUUGUACCACUAUUAUCAAGCCAGCUUCUGAAACACCGUUAUCCGCUUUAGCUUUAGCUUACUUAUCAGAACAAGCAGGGUUUCCUAAAGGUUCCGUGAAUGUUUUACCAUCAUCUGAUGCUGCAGGGGUGGGUAAAUUAAUGUGCGAGAAUCCUAUCGUAAAGAAGGUUUCAUUCACUGGUUCGACCAAUGUUGGGAAGCUUUUAAUGUCUCAAUCGUCUUCUACUUUAAAAAAAUUAUCAAUGGAGCUAGGUGGUAAUGCACCCUUCAUUGUUUUUAAUGAUGCUGAUAUCGAUAAGGCUGUUGAUGGAGCAAUUGCCUCUAAAUUCCGUUCAUCAGGUCAAACAUGUGUUUGUGCCAAUAGACUUUUUGUUCAUGAAUCUAUAUAUGAUGAAUUUGUUUCAAAGCUUACUAAGAAAUUAUCAGAAACAGUUAAACUAGGAAAUGGAUUAGCUGAUGGAGUAACACAUGGGCCACUCAUACAUGGUAAAUCUAUGGAUAAAGUAAGGUCUCAUAUUGAAGAUGCAACAUCUAAAGGUGCUAAAAUUCUACUUGGAGGCAAUAAACGUGAGGACCUUGGAGCAAAUUUCCAUGAUUUGACCGUCCUUGGUGAUGUUACACGAGAAAUGGAUAUUUUCAACGAAGAAACUUUUGGUCCUGUAGCACCAUUGAUUAAAUUUAAGUCUGAUGAAGAAGUUCUCAACUUAGCAAACGACACCGACGUUGGGUUAGCUGGUUAUUUCUACUCAACUAAUAUCAAUAGGAUUUUCAAUGUUGCAGAAGAGUUGCAAGUUGGAAUGAUUGGUGCAAAUACUGGUGCAAUCUCUGAAUCAGCUUUACCAUUUGGUGGUGUUAAAGAAUCUGGAUUUGGAAGAGAAGGAUCGAAGUACGGUGUUAAUGAUUACACUAUUAUCAAGAGUGUUGUAUUGGGUGGUUUAAAUUAA